UUUUUUUCUGGUGUCAUAUGCUCUUUAAGCUUGUAUGGCGCCAGAUAGCCGCUCGUGUCGCGUUCAAGAACUGCUCGGAUUUCUAGCCAUCUCCCACCUUGCUGUCUUCGAUAAUGUGUUGGAAUAAAACAAAGAGGGAUGAUUAACGGUCGCCACAUAUGGAUAAAAUAGAAAGGACACUUUUGUGUAUAUCGACACUUGAAAAGUCAAAUAAUGGACAGUAGACGUGCUGGGGUCCACAUUGUUGCGUAGAGCAAGGUGCAAUCCGAGCAACUAUUGAACGCAACACGACUCAUCUGCACACAACCGAGAACUUGUUGCCUACUCCUUCCUUCCUACUGUAACUUUUCCCGACGAUGUUUUAAAAAAAGCGACAUUGGAUAAUUUCUCGCGGCACACCAGACGAUCUCUCACGGCGGCGGCACAAUCGGUUGAAAAACACUGGAAUAUCCUGUUUCAUCCUCUCCGUGUGUGUAUGUUUUUGUGGAAGAUUUAAAAAAACAACAUUACACAGUACAGUUUAAUAAAGCUAGGGCGGGCACGGCCGUCCCUCAGGGCGGGCACGACCCCCUAAUGCCCGCCCAUGCGGCCGGGUCUGGUUGCUGGUUCGGUUUAGGUUAGUUGACUGGUUAGUUGCUGGUGUGUUUGAGCCUUUAGACGUGGAUAAACCAACAUGUUGUAAACAUGAGAACCCUUCGCCUCACCAUCUUUGUACUUCUAGGUGGCGCAGUUUUAACUGACAAAGUCGGUCAGAAGCUUUAUACUGUGGAGUCAGUUGUUGGAGCAGACUGUUCAGUCCCCUGCAUAACGCAGGGUAAAGCGGGAGUGCAGUAUAUGUAUCUGGCCUGGUACAAGAUGCAGAUGUUUCCCGAUUCGCCGGAGCCGCAGCGCCGAGGCCUGCUGAUCAGCUACCCUGAUGGACGGCUUGUGCACUGGGCCAAUCUGAAGCGAGAGUUGGCGCUGCGGAACGAAACCCGCGAACUCCUGCUGCCCAACGUCACUUGCGGAGACCAGGGAGAGUACGUCUGCAAACUGCAGGCGCCCGUCGGGGAGGUCAUCUUGAUGGAGUCGGUGCGACUCCUGCUGUCGGUUCUCGUCUAAGCUUUUCUGCAUCCCUUGUCACAGUCCCUCAGAUUGCCCUGGUUUUCCCAUCAGAAGCCCCUCAAAAAAUCCUGAAAUGAUCGUCGCUGUUUCUGUCGCAUUGACGAUUCUGCUGGUCGUCUCAAUGGGGUUUUAUGUAAGUAAAAUAUUUAUUUUGUGAACAUUAAAGUAAUCUGACCUUUUAGCCGGAAUGCCGUAAUCACGCCAGCCGAACUGCGCUGGCGCAGCUCCAACGACCCAUGCCGGCGGAACUCCGACAACCCAGCCAAAAGCUCAAACUCCGCACGUUCACCUCAGUCUUAACCCAGGGUUGGGCAUACUAUUCCUCAAAGGGCCGCAGUGGGUGCGGGACUAUGUUCCAACCCAUCACGAGGACAGCCUUUCACCAAUCUGGUGUCUUCCAUUGGCAACCAGUUGAUUGCAGUCAGGUGCUGAAACCUCAUUGGUUAAACUAUCAGUGCUCAAUCAGUUGGAACAAAGACCCACUGCAGCCCUCGAGGACCGGUUUGCCCUCCUCUGUCUUAACCCCUUGUACUAACUCCAUUUUGAAAGCUGGAUAAAAGGCUUCGAAACACAAGUUGACAGUUUGUUCAGGUCGACAGAGAUCAAACGGCAAGGUAAAACAGCAACAGACUCAAGCGAGGAGGCAGACUGGUUCCAGGGUCACCAUAUCACAAGUCACCAAAAGAUCCCCGAGAAAAAGUUAAACAUUUAGUCUUUUUGAAGGCUCUCGCGGGGCGGGCUGUGGGCAGGAAGAAGGGUGUGUUUGGGAUUAUUGUUUGUGGAUUGGACAAGAGGAUUUGGGAGUUACUGUUGUGAGGGCAACGAGGGUUGUGGAUUUUGCUACCUUAGCGCCACGUGAGUGUGGAGUGUUCACUUCUCGGUCCUCGGUUCCUCUUUAUCAGAUGUUCGUUGUCAAGACCAGGUGUCCCGCCAUUUGUUCUGGACUGUAAGGAAGAGCUGAUUGCGGGAGUUGGUGGUGCAGACGUGGGCUUGUAGAUGUCUUGCCUCGUCAGCGUCAAUCUUGCUCAGUCAGCUGCAUGACGCACGCAUUGGACUUCCGUGAUCAGAAGGCGUCAUGUAUCUCUUAUGCCCUAUGUAAAAUAUAUUCUGCUUGUUUUCCUUAGACUAUGAUAUAAAUGCUCUUUAUUUUAUAUCGGGUGUGUUAAGAGUAAUACGAACAGUCAAACAGUAAAUACGAGAAAAGAUGCUAUUACUUCAACAUUGACAGCAAUAGAUGUAUAAAUUUGUGGUAGUGUAAUAUUUUGGAAAAACUGAAUGUGUUUAAAUGUAUGUUUUUUGUUUUCUGUGUCAAUUUCUAAUAGUGUGGGAUUAGUACGUUCCGACAAGAAAAAAAGACUGGUUCCAGUCGUUGGAUCAACUCAGGCUUGUAUUUUAUUAUUUUCUUUCUCAGAUCACACACAGGCUGUCACAAACAAUGAUUUUAUUUUUAUUAUUAUUAUUUUCAGUAAAAAAAAAAAAAAAAAAAAGGAAAACCAAAAUUUUGUUGUAAUUGUAAAAAAAAUACUGUAUAUAAUAGUAAUUUAAAAAAUAAGAGUAUUUUCUAUGAGAGGAUUCGUUAGAAAAAAGUACAGGAUAAAAAAAAUUCGACGGAUCGAAUUUUUUAAAGUGAUUUAAAAUUAUUUAAAAUAUUGAAUACAAUUGAAAACAAAAAUAUUUUUCAAAAUACAAAGCUUUUUUUUUUGCGUUUUUGACUUCACAUGUUAAAAAUAAUUUCAUCAAAAAGAAUAAUACAAAAAUGUAAAAAAAUAAAAUAAGAAAAUAAAAAAAAAUACAAAGAAUAGUGUUGUUUUAUUUAAAAUGCUAAUUAAUAAAAAUGAAAAGAAUAAUUCAAAAAUGUAAAAAUACGAAUACUUAAAAACAUACAUUUUUUUUUUUUUUUUGCAUUUUUGAUUAACAUGCUAAAAUAAUUGAAUUGAAAAUAAUACAAAAUGUAAAAAUAAGAACAUUUAAAGAAAAAUACAAAGAAAAUUUUGGUUUCUGUGCUUUUUUUUAAUUUAACCCUUUAACACCGAACGUGUCGGCAGCGACGCGUUUACCCAUGUCGUCUUAGAAGCUUCGUCACGCUGCAAUUACGUCACCCACGUGCCGCUGGUUGGUCUCAUUUGAAAGUACGAAAGUUGAUGUCCACACCAGUUUUUAUUUGAAGUCAAUCGACCAAGAAAAACGGGAGAUAUUGUCAUUUGAGUUUUAUAGUUUUAUUGCACUCAUAAAUAUGCAUUAAAACGCUGCAUGGACCAUGUAUCUCUCCAUAUUUCCAUCAUUUCUUGUCCUUUUUCAAAACCAAAAGAAGCACAAAAGACUACAUAUCCCAACAGUUGUUGUGAUGUCAAGAAGGACGAACCGAAUGUGGACAUUUGUUGACAAAAUAAAAUAAUACAUUUCCGAGCGAGGCGCCAACUAAGGAAAAGGAGGCAUGCUGAAGCAAACAACGGCCAGUUUGAGCGAGCGACUUUGAAACGUGCAGAAUGAAUCUAGAACUAAAUUUAGCGCAAGCUAAUGCAUUAUUUCAUUAACUCAAAGAAGAAGAUGAGCCGUAUUUGCCGUUGUUUUCCUGGGAUGAGUCGGCGUUUCUACGAGUAGAAGUGACAGGCUGACAGCAGCGCGCAAACGGGACGGAGUAGGCUGUGUGACGUUGUGUGUGACGCAGCUCCGUGACCUGUUCAUGCAGAAGCUUUAUUGAGUGAGCAAAAAAAAAAAAAAAAAACUUUAUUGGGUCGUAUGCCAGAAAAAUUUGAAUUGAACUGAACUACUUGUCAAUAUUUUUUUAAAUACUUUUUUUCAAUGUUAUAUAUAUUUUUCUUCAAGAAAAUUUUAUAAAGAUGAGUGUUCGAGAAGCUUGGUUGCAUGUACGUAAAUACUUCAGAUAAGGUGAUGGGUAUAAUACCUAACUUCCCAAAGAGAUAUCCUACAAACCCUUUUUGUGUUUGAUGAUAUAUAUAUUUUUUCUCUCUCACUAUUUUGCACUGUAUAUAACCCGUUUUGACCAUAGUAUGUGUAAAGGCCAAAAACGCCUAUGACUAUACUUGCUGUUUGAAUAGUUUUAUGUUUGACAAUUCAACACAAUCUUAUUUUUUUCUAUUGAAUGUUUAUCCUAACAAGUAGAAUAAAUAUUAUCAGGCUUCAAAACGUUUGGUCGAGCAUGUUUGGUUGUCAAUGGGACAUCAACAUUACAAAUUUUGAAAAAAUAUUUUGGGAUUUUUUUGUCUUUUUGUGUCCAAAAUGUGGAUUAUAAUUGGUCAGUGAAGAAAACAACAGUUUGGACAUGAAGUUCAAGGUGUCCUUAAAAAAGGGACCCAACUUGGCCAUUGUGAAUAAUCUUUACUUUGAAAUAUAAAGGCAACAUCAAAUGCAUGCAAAUUCGGCCAAAAUAGGCUUAGGUGUUAAAGGGUUAAAAUGCAAAUUAAUAAAAUAAUUUAUUUAAAACCAAUAAUAGAAAAUGUAAAAAUAAGAAUAUUUUCCAUUAAUAUAUAUUUUUUUAAUUAAAAGAUUAUUUUCAAUUUCUCGAAUUCAAUUUAAAAUUAAAGUAUUUGUAAAAAAAAAAAAUAUACAAAGAAUAU